GUGAGACGAGACAGUAAAUGUUGGUGGUCACGUCACAGUCUGAAAAUAAUCACUAAAUCGUGUCAAGAAAAUUUAUUCCGUAUCGACAGUUGUCUCCCCAACAUCCCCCGUAAAACCCCAAUCAUUCGAGAUAAAUCAUUCGAAAAUGGAUAAAAUGAAGGUGAGUUCAUCGGGUCUGGAGCUUCCACCCCUGCGUAGCCUGGACGACUUCGUCCUGGAGUCGGCUCGCUUCCAAAUUCCGAACUUCCGAGACCUAGACAAGUGGAACAACAGAGUUGUACAGAAUCUGCUGUAUUACCAGACCAACUACUUCUUCAUGGCUAUCAUCAUUUUUCUGAUUGUUGGGUUAAUUCACCCCGGUAAAAUGCUACUGGGGAUGGUAGCAAUGGCUGUUGUGCUCGUGAUUUUUGCCUACAUGUCGACUGAGGGAAGAGCCGUGCACAUUUUCAAGAAAAAGAAUCCCAUGGCUGGGUUGAUUGUCAUUAUCUUUGGAACUGCCUUUGUCGCGUAUACACUUGGCUCACUUCUUGUCUUCCUCGUCGGCAUUCUCUUGCCUUUCUGUGUGACCUUCAUCCACGCCUCCCUGAGACUGCGAAGUAUUAAGAACAAAGUGGUGAACAAAAUCGAAGGAAUUGGACUGAAACGCACCCCAAUGGGUGUCUUUUUGGAGCAGCUUGACAACUCGUUAACGCAAUUGUUCACAAAGCUUGAAUCAUACGAGAAUGAUAUUAAUAGUGAUGAUGACGAGAGGCUAGAAAAGAAUAAGAGAGAUUAGAUGACGUUAGCGGCAUUAAAUUACGAGCUCAGCCGAGUUACACGCUAAAACCACAACAUUAAUCAGCUUCAAGCAUACAAAAUCGUCACUCACUUCUGCAAGAAUUAUAUUUAUAUUUUUAUUCACAUCUCGUUGCUGCGCGAUGUAGAAUUUGAUUAUUCAUCACGGGGUGAAACAUUGUUAGUUGAGAUACUCUGGCUCCAAAUAAUGCUUCAAUCGAUUCAUAGAUUGUGAUAACAGUGAUACUAAUCCGACCAAAAUUUAUUUAAAUUCAUACGGAACUGUUUAUAUAGUUUACCACAAUAUUUUUCGUGAAUAGGUUCAUAAUUUCCUGUUUUCCAAUUCACUGCUGAAUUUACUGUCAAAAUGUACAUAGUAUGAAUCAAAUGGUUGAUUAAUGUGCUGUACACAUUUUAAUGAAAUUAUUUUUCUUCAUUGUGUGAUGUUACUUACAUAUUAUAAUUACCUAUUAUACCAAAUAAACGAGAAUUAUUUGUACGAGUUAA